CCAGUUUCCAGGCUUUCGCGCCACCUUACUUUGUUUUGGUUCGGAAAAACCCUACACAGUACACAACUCCCCUUGCUGCCCGUCCCGCCGUUCAAACAGAGCCGCCUACUUCCGCAAUUUCCUCCGCCCGCCUCCGCCUUCGUCUUCGUCCCCCGUAUAUUUUAUUCAUGGCGGUCUUACCAUAUACAUCCGGAGAAUUAGUCCUCAGGGCAAUAACAGCAAGCAGCAGCAGCUGAAGAGCUUUUUCUCUUGUCGACAUCCAUCCCACCACCAAUAAUGUCGUGUGUGACAUCUUACAGUGUUUUCGCGCCUUCCGCUAAGUUUUUCUCCGGCUUCAACAAGAACAAUGUCAAUUUCUCAGUGUCAAACGCUCCCUCGUCCUUCUUCAGCAACCUUACUCCUUCGUCUGCGUCAUUUCCAAGGCUCUUUAGCUGUGGGAAUAUUUUGAAUAGCAGAAGGCUGGUUAGUACCGGCUGGCGUUGUUGUGCUGCCCAGCAAUCGGGAAACUCGGCUUCAGCUGCCUCCCUGGGUAGUGAUGACUCUGAUGAGAGAGUGGUCGUAUUGGUGAUUGGUGGAGGAGGAAGAGAACAUGCACUUUGCUAUGCACUUAAGAGAUCUCCAACUUGUGAAACUGUCUUCUGCGCCCCUGGCAACGUGGGAAUUUCCAGCUCUGGCGAUGCCACUUGUGUUCCUGAGCUCAGGAUUGCUGAUAGUUCAGCAGUAAUUGCUUUCUGCCACAAAUGGGGUGUAGGACUCGUGGUUGUGGGGCCAGAGGCACCUCUAGUUGCAGGGCUAGCUAAUGAUCUGGUGAAGUUUGGUAUUCCAGUGUUUGGCCCGUCCGCAGAGGCUGCUGCUUUGGAAGGUUCCAAGAACUUCAUGAAGAGUAUAUGUGACAAAUAUGGAAUUCCUACUGCCAAGUACCAGGCAUUCAGACAUCCAGUGCCCGCAAAACACUACAUUCAAGAACAAGAGCUUCCAAUUGUAAUCAAAGCAGAUGGAUUGGCUGCUGGAAAAGGAGUAAUAGUUGCAACGGACCUAGAAGAGGCUUACAAUGCCGUCGAUUCAAUGCUUGUCGAUGAAAUGUUCGGUCCAGCUGGCUCCCAGGUCAUCAUCGAGGAGUUCCUCGAGGGAGAGGAAGCAUCUUUCUUUGCACUCGUGGAUGGAGAAAAUGCCAUACCGCUGGAGUCUGCUCAGGACCAUAAGCGUGUGGGCGAUGGCGAUACUGGACCUAACACCGGCGGAAUGGGAGCUUACUCCCCUGCUCCUGUAUUGACGAAAGAGCUGGUGUCGGUAGUUAUGGAGAGUAUAAUACUUCCUACUGUGAAAGGAAUGGCUGCAGAAGGUUGCAAGUUCGUUGGAGUUCUGUAUGCUGGCUUGAUGAUUGAAAAGAAGUCUGGCUUGCCCAAAUUGAUCGAGUAUAACGUGCGGUUCGGAGACCCUGAAUGCCAGGCAUUGAUGGUUCGUCUGGAAUCCGACCUGGUAAAAGUCCUGCUUGCAGCCUGUAGAGGCAAACUGAGCCAAGUAUCCCUCGACUGGUCACCUGGCUCAGCCAUGGUUGUAGUAAUGGCGAGCAAUGGCUAUCCCGGUUCAUACGAGAAAGGAACCAUGAUUCAGAACCUCGAAGAAGCCGAAAAUGUCGCUCCAACGGUCAAGAUAUUCCAUGCUGGGACCGCCCUCGACUCGAGUGGCAACCUGGUAUCUGCUGGUGGCCGUGUUCUUGGUGUCACUGCCAAGGGAAGUGAUCUGGCGGAAGCAAAGGAGAGAGCUUACCAAGCCAUCGAGAAAGUCAACUGGCCUGGCGGGUUCUACAGACGAGACAUUGGGUGGCGGGCGCUUCCCCUUCCGGUUCAACCGAAGCAAAAUUGACCGGGGGAGAAAACAUUGAUUAGCUGGAUAUAUACGAAUGGGACAGGCCCAAUAACAUAAAGUUGUCUAUGUCGCUCUUCUUUUUUUCCCCCUCAGCAGUUUCAACCGUACAAUCGCCGACGAACCCGCGGGAGUCUCCGCCGCACCUUCCGUUCCCUUCUAACUCGGAUCAUGAUCCCAAUUACCCCCCGUUUAAUUCCAAAUUUUCUCUCUCGUCUCUGUUCCUUUCGGCAAUUUUUCUCUCGCACUCUGUUCAGAAUUCCCCCAAUUUCUCUGUUUUGCUCUCGCCGGUUGUAAUUCACGAUGGACGGAGGAGGAAAUGAGAACAAAAUCGAGGACGAAGACAAACAGGCGCUGGCCGCAUUGAGCUCCGUCCCCAGCCCUCACCGUGCCAAGGUCCAUUCCUACAGCCAGCAGCUUCGCGGCGAGAAGAAGCCGUACCGCCAGGGUCGGAAGCACAGCCUCGACGGCAUUCCCGCCGGCGGGAGCCGGCCCCUCUCAUCCUCCGACGAUGAUUUCUCCAAUUACUCGCUCGACGAAGAGGAAGGCGCACUCGAUCUGAAGCCGUUCACUCCGCUCGGCGAAUUCGUCGCCGCCGUGUCUCCCGCCGCGGCCGGGAGCUCCAGCCCCGGCCCCGGCGGCGGAUCCGGAUCCGGAUCCGUGUCCGGAGGGAAAGGAGAGGCGAUUUUCAAGGUGCCGACGAGGGCCGCCGUGCACCCGGGGCGGCCGCCGUGUCUCGAGCUCCGGCCGCAUCCGCUGAGGGAGACGCAGGUGGGGAAGUUCCUGAGGAACAUUGCGUGUACGGAGACGCAGCUGUGGGCCGGUCAGGAGAGCGGGGUCCGGUUCUGGAGGUUCGACCGGAUUUACGACCCAGGGUGUGGGCUGGGCGGGAAGGUCAGGAGAGGGGACGAGGAUGCGGCGCCGUUUCAGGAGUCGGCGUCCACGUCGCCCACGUUUUGUUUGAUGGUGGAUGCGGCGAAUGGGUUGGUUUGGAGCGGGCACAAGGACGGGAAGAUUCGGUCGUGGAAGACGGAUCAGCAUCCACCUGCUGCCGCGGCGGCAGGGGAGCAAGAAGCGGUGGAUGGUGGUGGUGGUGGUCAGCCGCCGCAGCAGGUGGAUGCUGGUGCUGCGGCGAAUGCUCCGUUUAAGGAAGGGCUGUCUUGGCAGGCGCAUAAAGGGCCUGUUCUUUCCAUGGUCAUGAGUUCCUAUGGGGAUUUAUGGUCGGGAUCGGAAGGAGGAGUGAUAAAGAUCUGGCCAUGGGAGAGCAUCGAGAAAUCCCUCUCCCUCAAAUCCGAGGAAAAGCGGAUGGCCGCCUUGCUCGUGGAGCGAUCAGCCAUCGACCUGAGAAGCCAGGUGACGGUGAACGGCAACUGCAGCAUCUCCUCCUCCGACAUCAAGUGCUUGCUCUCCGACAACAUCCGCGCCAAGCUCUGGUGCGCACAAUCCAUGACCUUCUCCCUCUGGGACGCCCGCACCAAGGAGCUCCUCCGCGUCUUCAACAUCGACGGCCAGACCGAGAACCGCGUCGACGGCGGCGAGAAGGGCCAGCAACAGCAACAGCAGCAGGAGAGCGGCCAAGCUGGGGAAGAAGGUGGCGCUACUCCACAGGAUGCAGCGGCGGCCCCGGCGGAGAAGCCGGCGAAGGAGGGGAAAGGGAAGUCGGUCAACAAGAAGGAGAAGGGGCAGGGGUUCCUGCAGAGGUCCCGCAACGCGAUCAUGGGGGCGGCGGACGCGGUGCGGCGGGUGGCGACACGUGGCACGAACGCGUUCGUGGAGGAUCCGAAGAAGACGGAGGCGAUCGUGAUGACGGCGGACGGGAUGGUGUGGAGCGGGUGCACCAACGGCCUCAUCAUCCAGUGGGACGGCAACGGGAACCGGGUGCAGGACUUCAACCUGCUCAACAAGAACACCGCCGUCCAGUGCUUCUGCACGUUCGGGGCCCGAAUCUACGUCGGCUACGCCAGCGGGAUCAUCCAGAUGUUGGACCUGGAGGGGCACCUGCUGCAGAUGUGGGUGGCCCACAGCAACCCGGUGCUGAAGCUGGCGGUGGGGAAAGGCUACAUCUACAGCCUGGCGAGCCACGGCGGGAUCCGGGGGUGGAGCACGCUGUCGCCGAGCCCGAUCGACCAGAUUCUGCGGUCGGAGCUGGCCGGGAAGGAGGCGACGUACACGAGGAAGGACCAGUUCCGGGUGUUGAUCGGGACGUGGAACGUGGGGCAGGGGAGGCCCUCGCAGGAGGCCAUGAUGUCGUGGCUCGGCUCCACCGCGGGGGACGUCGGGAUCGUCGUCGUCGGCCUCCAGGAGGUCGACAUGGGUGCCGGCUUCCUCGCCAUGUCCGCCGCCAAAGAAACUGUAGGACUGGAAGGGAGUGCAAUUGGGCAGUGGUGGCUGGAUAAUAUUGGGAGGGCAUUAGGGGAAGGCUCUGUUUUCGAACGGAUGGGAUCUAGGCAGCUUGCUGGCUUGCUCGUCUCUCUCUGGGUGAGGAAGAACAUGAGACAGCAUGUUGGGGAUGUUGAUGCUGGCGCUGUUCCUUGCGGGUUCGGACGAGCCAUCGGUAAUAAGGGAGGGGUAGGGUUGAGGAUAAGGGUGCGAGACCGGAUAAUGUGCUUCGUGAACUGUCACUUGGCAGCACACUUGGAAGCGGUGAACCGAAGGAACGCAGAUUUCGAUCACAUCUAUCGAAACAUGGUGUUCGGGAAGCCCACGAUCCCCAACGCUGCCGGUGUCUCCUCCUCCUCCCACACCCUUAAGUCCGAUAAGGUACGCCCACACCACGCCAUUACCACGACCUUCUGUAUACGAUGAUAUCUAGCUGUCUCGAUGCGAGCGAGCUCUGCCCUUUACUAUAAUGAUGCAUGCAUGUAUAGGCCAGUUGGGCGACCUGAUCAUUGGUCUGUACGUAACCCUUGUUUUCCAUCUCUUUAUCGUGACCUCGAUCUGGUGUGUUCUGUAUAGAACUCUGGUGGGGGUGGCGGCGGCAGCAACAGCAACAACAAUGGCUCGUCCGAGGACACAAAGCCAGAGCUGUCUGAUGCAGACAUGGUUGUGUUCUUCGGGGAUUUUAACUACCGCCUGUUUGGGAUAUCAUAUGACGAGGCCAGGGACUUUGUGUCUCAGAGAAGCUUCGACUGGCUUCGAGAGCGUGAUCAGCUCCGAGCUGAGAUGAAAGCUGGGAGAGUUUUCCAAGGGAUGCAUGAAGCCAUCAUCACUUUCCCUCCUACUUACAAGUUUGAGAGAAAUGUCCCUGGAUUAGGAGGCUAUGAUUCUGGGGAGAAGAAACGUAUACCUGCAUGGUGUGACAGGGUUAUAUUCCGUGAUACUCGGCCAGGUUCAUCUACUCCGUCGCAAUGCGAAUGUAGCUUGGAGUGCCCUGUCGUCUCUGCAGUCAUCCAAUAUGAAGCUGUCAUGGACGUGACUGAGAGCGACCACAAACCCGUGCGGUGCAAGUUCCACAUCCAAGUAGCUCACACAGAUAGAUCAGUGAGGAGGCAAGAGUUUGGCGAGAUCCUGAGGACGAAUGAGAAGAUCCAAUCGCUGUUGGAGGAAUGCCGAGUGGUCCCAGAGACAGCCGUCAGCACCAACAGCAUUGCCCUGCAAAAUCAGGACACUGCCAUUCUCAGGAUUACCAACAAAUCUGCAGCAGACAAAGUAGUGUUCAGGAUCUACUGUGAAGGCCAAGCCAAUUUCAAGGAUGAAGGGGAUGAAGCUGAGUAUCGCGCCAGAGGUAACCAUGGCUUCCCCCGGUGGCUCGAGGUCACACCAGCAGCUGGAAUAAUCAAACCUGACAAUAGCAUCGAAGUCUCAGUGCACCAUGAAGAGUUCCACACGCUAGAAGAUUUAGUAGACGGCAUCCCACAGAACUGGUGGUGUGAAGACACCAGAGACAAAGAAGUGAUCCUUGUAGUUGUUGUACAAGGCAGCGGCUCAACAGAAGUCGCGACUCAUCGGGUCCAUGUUCGGCACUGCCUCUCGGCCAAAACUCUGCGUGCUGACUCUAAAUCAGGCUCGCGCAGAGGUCAAAAAAGUGAUCCCAAGCAACAAAGCGGGUCAUCAGAUGCAACUGAUGAUUCUCGAAGUUCACAAAAGCCUUGAGGGAAGGAUCUGAUACUUUUUUUUGCAGAUCUCUGAGUACUUAACAAGCAUAGCAUAGUACAGAAGCAUUUAGAAUGCAUGGGCAAUUUCUACAGGCAGCAAACAGUUCUCAGUCUUGGUGUAAAUACUCAUUGAGCAUUUACUCUCUUACAAUUCGGUUAGGUACAAACAUUUUUACUUCCUUAGUCUGCAUAUACUGGAAAUCAGGUCCAAGUUUUGAAGACUAUACACUCCUUUUUCGCCCCUGCUUGGUUCAUCUUUUGCAAAGCUAGGAGCUUUAUAGGAUUAUUGUCACAAUUUCACCAACUUCGAUCUAAUUAAGUCAGAAAUAUUCAUACAGCAACCCUCUUUCGUUAUCGGAAAUUCACAG